AUGAGUCUUGCCAGGCCAGCAAGAUGUCUGUUCUGCAGCUUCUCCCGUGCUGCCACGCAAAGCACGCGAGUCCCCCGUCGCCAGUUCCACCCAUCGCCUGCCCAAUUGACGAACCGGAAACCCAAGUUCCCGAACAUCAAGGCUCCUGGGACUCCCAAGCCAGAGGACUUCAAGCCGUACACGGAGGAGGAGAAGGCCUAUUUGGCCAAGGAGUACUCGGCCGCGCAGUUGGAAGCCGUCAAGGCUGGCGAGGCUGCCAUUGACCCCAAGGACCUGGCUGAGCAGUUGAACGAACGUGACGACCCUAUGAAAAUCAACUACGUUGAUGACUUCUCCGUCAUUGAGCCUGGUAUCGACCGACACGUGCGCGCGCCGGAAUCGAACUCGGACUACAACUUCAAGCUCAAGAACGAGGAGGACUUUGUCAAGGACUUUGGCCGUUUCGUCGCGGAGAUGCCAGACGAUGCAACAGGCGCGGACUUUGUUCGAUUCACGGACGAGCUGCGCUUGACACACGGCAAGGAGUCGAACGAGCUGAACCCCCACAGCGCUCUCGUCCCCGAUCUCUUCGGGCCCGGCGAGACCAUCGACGAGCCCCGUAUUGAGGAGCGGAAGACUGCUGCUGAGAAGGGCGAGAAAGAACGUUCUUUGCAAGCUGAGGAGAUGACCGACGCUCUGAAGAGCCUUCUCCUCGCUACGGGUUACACUGCGAACCAGAUUCGCGACUUCCGGCUGAAGACUCUGGUUUCCCACUCGGUUGUGAACCAGACCCGCCUGGGCAAGGUUCGUCGUGCGUAUCGUCUGUCGAUUGCCGGUAAUGGCAAUGGCCUGCUGGGUGUCGGUGAGGGCAAGUCCGACGAAGCCUCCGAUGCAAAGACCCAGUCCCAGUACCGUGCCAUUCGCAACAUGCAGCCAAUCCCCCGCUAUGAGAACCGCACCAUCUUUGGCGAUGUGACCGGCAAGGUUGGAGCCGUGGAGCUGCAGUUGAUGCACCGUCCCCCAGGCUUCGGUCUCCGUGUUCAGUACCUGAUCUACGAAAUGUGCCGUGCCGCCGGUAUCCACGACCUUGCUGCACGAGUCAGCCGCUCCCGCAACAAGAUGAACACUGUCAAGGCUGCGUACGAGGCACUCAUGAGCCAGCGGGACCCCGAGGAAGUUGCCCGCGCUCGUGGCCGCAAGAUGGUCGACGUGCGCAAGGUCUAUUACGCUGGAAAGGUCUAG